AUGGCCACUUCCGUCGUCACUGCCGCUCCCGGUGCCAACCAAAUCUCCGUCUAUGGCCACCCGUCUCCCACCAACUCGACUACCACAACUCCCUCAAAUAACUCGCCCACUUCCCCACGGUUGAAUACAGCCUCCCUCCACCAACUGCCCCUCCAGUCGCGCCAGCUGCGUCCUCCCAAGGGCCCUCUCUACGUCCCCGCGGCCCUUCGCCCGACGGAGCGCCCGCAAAAGUCCUCCCCCAUUACUCCGCCCCGGAGUGUGCAUGGAUCACUGGACAGCCUGAACGAGGACACCGAGCCGAUUAGCCGACGCUCCACGAUGGAGAGCAGGUCAAGCGGUAUCAGCAAGUCGGCUGAGAACGAGUGGAUGAAGAACGAGUCCCUCGGAGAAGUGACCGGCCACCCCACGAGGGACCACUGGAAGGCCGACUCUGCUUCCUCCAGCUGUGAUUCUCCCACCUGCCGCUCCUCUUUCGGCCUCUUUCUGCGCCGCCACCACUGCCGUCAUUGCGGCCAUGUCUUCUGCUCCUCCCACACACCACAUAUGGUCCCCCUCGACCAACAUGCUCGCUUCCACCCGGAGGGCUCUGCAUCCCGGGCCUGCGACCUAUGCUGGAGUGCCUACUCGCGCUGGGAGGAGACCCGCACCAACCGCCUAAGCAAGAUUCAGAACUCGAUCGAUGCGAAGAACAUCGAGGGCGAGACUGAGCACACCGAAGACCUGGCUGUCGCCGAGGAGAUCAACGGCACUGCUGCCCUCCGGGCGAAUCUUGGUCAAACGGCCGAGGUCGCUGCCAGUGUCCCCCGGGACUGGAACUGGAGCACUUUCUGA